UACAUUAUAUACUUUAUGGCUCUACUAGUUUCAGAAAAAAAAUUAAAUUUAUAUAAAAAUCUCUAUCAUAAUUCUUCGAAUUAUUUCAGAAACUCAAAUAAUGGAAUGCGUUACGACUUUGAAAUAAAUUUGCCACGGCUUCAGGGAGAAGGCAACUAUGACAUUAAUGGCCAAAUUUUAACAUUGCCUUUGAGAGGAAAUGGACCCUUUACCGGCAAUUUCACUAAUUUCUAUGCCUUUGUGAAAAUCCUUUUCGACGUCAAGGAAGUCAAUGGCGAAGAAUAUCUGCAGAUCAAUAAUUUAGAAGUGAAAAUUCGUACCGGCAAGGGACGCAUACGCCUGGAAAAUCUCUUCAACGGUGACAAGGCAUUGGGUGAUGUGGUCAACGAUACGAUCAAUCAAAACUUCGAAGUCUUUACAAAUGAGCUGAUUGGACCCAUUGAACGGGCCUUGGAGAAGAAAUUCUUGGCUAUAUCACGUAAAAUUAUAGAAAAUUUCACCUACAAUGAAUUGUUCCCUGUGUAAAGCAAGAAGAAAAGCAAAUUUUUGAAAUCAACAAAAUUUGUAGAAGUAUUUUUUUUUUGGAAACUAUUAUGAAAAAAAAAUUAUUGAAGGAUUUUUUUUGGUCGUAAAUUUGGUCAUUGUGAUGAUAGCUUUAUUAUUUCCUUAUGUUUAUUUUGUAUAUUCCUUUUCAAUGUGUUUGGAAAUUCCACAAUAUGCUCCUGAUUACAUUCGUCUUUAAGUUAGUAAACAAUAAAAAAAAUACCUAAUAUUUUUUUUAUAAAAUGUAAAUAAAUAAUGAAAACGAUUAUAUGCAAAAAAA